GGUAAUUACACUUUGAUAAUUUAUUUCAGAAAUGGCUGUUCGAUACCAGAUGGCCAUUGGCCUUAACAAAGGCCAUAAAGUAACUAAAGUUGACAGCAACCCAAGAAAGGCUAAACCUUCAUACAGAAAAGGUAGAGCCACAAAGCAUGCCAAAUUUGUAAGAGAUUUAGUCAGAGAAAUUGCUGGUUUUGCCCCAUAUGAAAAAAGAAUGCAGGAAUUGUUGAGAAUUUCAAAAGAUAAAAGGGCACUGAAAUUUGCAAAAAGGAGGCUCGGAACACACUUUAGAGGAAAGAAGAAGAGGGAAGAAAUGCAAUCAGUCUUACAGAAGAUGAGGAAAGCUCAACAACAUAAAUAAACUGCAAAUAAAUUAAUAGAAAAAAUC